CUCUCCGAGUCCGGCCACGCCAUCGCUGCAACUAUGGACGGUUGAACAGCACGUCGGCCAUGGGGCAGACGCAGCAAACAGAGAACAGUGAGGAGAUUGACGUCAAAGCACUUCAGGAUAUGUAUAAAAAGUUUGUCAUGGAGUGCCCAAGCGGACGUCUGUUUCUGCACGAGUUCAAGCGCUUCUUCGGCGUGGACCCGACGGGAGAGGCGUCCGACUAUGCUGAAAACAUGUUUCGAGCCUUUGACAAAAACGGGGACAACACCAUAGAUUUCCUCGAGUUCGUGGCAGCUCUCAAUCUGGUUUUCCGAGGCGACCUGGAGCACAAACUGCGCUGGUCGUUCAAGGUGUACGACAAAGACGGCAAUGGCCACGUGGACAGGGACGAGCUGCGGGCAAUAAUUGAUAGCAUCUACAGGAUUAAGAAAGGCUCGAGGACGGACACGAGCAGUUCUCAGCUUUCAGUGGACGAGGCUGUGGAUCGCCUGCUGCAGGCGGUCGACAGCGACGGAGACGGUCAGAUUAACAUGGAGGAGUUCAUCAGAGGUGCACAGCAGGACCCCUGGGUGCUCAACAUGCUGAAGCUGGACAUGAACCCUGCUGGAUGGGUGCUGGAGCAGAGGAGGCGGAGCGCACACUUCUGAAAUGUCACCGUGGAUCUGCCUUAAUAAGAAUAAGCCUUAAAUUCGAUCUACGAAAUGUAUUAAACUCACAACUUACAAGUAAAAUCAGGAGUCACCUUCGAUACUAUGAGUGAGAGAUGUUUUAUCAGAGCUGGCCAACGUUUGUCUUAAAUCUCAGCCAAAGAGAAAUAUACUAUCUACACAUAAGUCUUUCUUUUCAAAGUUAAAAGUAUUUGUAUUUUAAUUUUCUU